AUGAAUGGACUUGUUGUGUUCUUCCUUCUCAUCUAUCUGAUGACUCUUAUCACAAACCUUCUUAUAUUUUUCUUGGUCCUCACUGACUACAAUCUACACAACCCAAUGUAUUUUUUUCUUGCCAACUUGGCAUUUCUGGACAUGUCCUAUUCAUCAGUGACGGCACCAAGGAUGCUCUUUGAUUUGGUCACAAAAAGACGAUCAAUAUCCAUUCCUGCCUGCAUAGCCCAAGCCUUUUUCUACAUCUCCUUUGUUCAAUCAGAAGUUUUCUUGCUCUCGGCUAUGUCCUACGACCGCUACAUUGCCAUCUGCCACCCCCUACAUUACAAACUAAUUAUGUCUUGGAGGGUCUGUACUCGUAUGGCCUCUCUGGUCUGGGGUACAGGAUAUGCUCACUCUUUGGUUCAUACUUUAUUGUCGCUCAGGUUGUCCUUCUGCAGAACAUCUUCCAUCCACAACUUCUUUUGUGACCUUCCAAACUUAUAUCAAAUUACAUGUACUGACCCCUUCAUAAACAUGGUGGUCUUAUUGAUAGCAGGUGCUGGUGUUGCAUUAGCAGUCGUUCUUAUGACCUUUCUUCCCUAUGUCUAUAUUCUCAGGACCAUCCUUAGACUCCGUAGCAAGACUGGAAAGAGUAAAGCCUUCUCCACCUGCACAUCACACCUCACCGUGGUCUCCAUCUUUUAUGGCUCCUUAAUCUUUAUUUUUUUGAUUCCCUCCUCCAGUGAUAUGGUCAAUUUAAACAAACUGUUUUCAGUCAUAUCUGCCCUCAUUAACCCAUUGCUGAAUCCUCUGAUCUACAGCCUGAGGAACAAAGAUCUCAUGGAGGCACUGCUGAGGUCUUAUUAUGACUUAAAAUUGAUCCAGACAUCAUGCUGGAAAUAUCAUUGUAAAAUGUGA